AUUCACUGUUCCGAACACAAUUACUCUCGUCUCAUAGUGAUGGGCCGUUUGCCGGAUGUAGGCUUUUUGGGGCCUACUCCUGUCGCACGAACACUGGGCGUCUCGAUGUAUGCAUCUGGCCGGACUGCUAGACCAUUUAUUGUGCAUACCAGCACGGAACCAAUGCGUAUUCCCUUCGCGAUCACUCCUGGCCUGAAG